CACAUCCCCAUCCGAAGCGACGUAUGGCCAUAUGAUCACAUAGUUCAGUAUAGACUAUUCCUAAGUUACACCAAUGUCAACAGCACCGGGACUUGCUUUCGCUAACCUUACGCUCCUCCUGGACGUACCGCAAUUACCCGCGAUUUUUGCGGCAAACUGCUUCCAAAACUACAAGACAUAUGGAAGGGAAUUUAAAGUAAUACUAAACGGGACUGAUGAUAUCGUAUAUCCCUUCAAUAGAGUGAACGUACAGGACAGACAUACUAAUCGCAUGGGCAGAGCCAGGAAAUAUUGCUCAGGACCCUGUCCACUGGGUAAGCCGUACUAGGGCAUCUCUCUGGUAGCACGGAUUGCCAUUACAAUGGAAUCCAGUUAACUAACACAAUGAGUAGACAUUAUUAAUGUAUCUAAAGUAGCC